AUGGUGAUAAUCAAGGAGCUGGAGGAAAUAGAGUUCAUUACGAACAACGAAGAACUGGAGGAGUACAUGAUGAACAACGAGGAGCUGGAUGAGAUUGAUUUCAUCACAAACAACGAAGAAAUGGAGGAGUACCUGAUGAACAACGAAGAGCUGGAGGAGAUGGAGUUCAGUAUGAACAACGAAGAGAUGGAGGAGAUGGAUUUAAACCCUUGUUUUUCAGAAACAAUCACACAUGUAGGAGAAUCAGAUGUUCCAACCAGAAAUAAAAAGAAUCUCACAAAUGAACAACGUCUAGAUAUUUUCCAUUUCUUAUUGAAGGAGAGUAAGAAGGGACGACCGCAAAAACGCUCAGUCCCAAUGGCAGCGCAACUAUUUUCAACAUCAGAAUCUACAGUAAAACGUAUAUGGAAACGAGGAAAAGAUUGUGAAGCAAAGAAAUUACCUUUUGACGUGUCUUCACGAAAACCAACCAGAGUUCGUCCUAAACCCAAGAAGGUUGAUUUCAGCAAGAUAAUGGAAAUACCAUUGCGAAGACGCACCACCAUAAGAUCCAUUGCCGAAGCUUUGAACAUGCCCAAGUCAACUGUCCAUAGAUACGUCAAGAAAGGAGCGAUUAAAAAACACACGAACGCAAUAAAACCAGCCUUCACAGUGGACACGAAGAAAGCACGGUUAGAAUUCUGUUUUGGAAUGCUUGAGCUUAUCCCUUACAAGGAUAAUAUGAUGACCAAUCCCAUGUAUGAUGUUAUACACAUAGAUGAGAAGUGGUUUUUUAUGACAAAAGCAACAGAGAAUUACUACCUUCAUCCGGAAGAAACCGAACCAUAUCGUACAUGCCAAAGUAAAAGAUUCAUUAAAAAGGUAAUGUUUUUGGCAGCAGUAGCUCGUCCUAGAUUUGAUGAGUUCGGAAAUGAAGUUUUUAAUAGAAAGAUAGACAUUACAAGAGCUCGUUUGAUUAACAAAUUGUUACCAUCCAUUCGGGAAAAGUGGCCAAACUACAAUGGGGAAACUAUAUACAUCCAACAAGAUAAUGCAAAACCACAUGUUAAAGUGGAUGAUGAAGAAUUUUUAAAAGAAGCGGAAAAAGAAGGUUUUGAUAUUAGAUUGAGAUUCCAACCUUCACAAAGUCCCGAUAUGAACGUUCUCGAUCUUGGGUUUUUCAGGUCUAUACAAUCAUUACAGCACAAAGAGGCGCCCACUACUGUUGGCGAACUUUUAUCGGCUGUGGAUAAAGCAUUUAAUGAAUUAUCGGCACAAACUCUGAAUGACGUAUUCCUCUCGUUGCAACUAUGCAUGGUAGAGGUUCUAAAGCUUCGUGGAGGAAACAAUUAUAAAUUGCAGCAUAUAGGGAAAAAGAAACUUGCACGCAUUGGUGAACUUCCUACUCAAAUCGAAGUGGAUAAGAAUUUGGUGAAGGAUGCAACUAAUUACCUUUCAUGUUUAAGACAUUUCUGCAAGGAUGAGAGUAUUGCCGGCGAAAUACAUGGCAACAAUAUCAUUAUGUAG